CUGGGAGCUCCGGAUUGUCAGCAAGCAGAAGAGGAGGCCGGGAGUGCAGCAGCAUCUCUCCUCCCACCGGUGGCAGCCUUCUCAGACAGACACCAGCCAAGGAAAACCCACCAUGAGGGCUGCAGUGCUUUGCUGUUGCCUGUUAGGCAUCGCCUACGCCCUUCCAGUUAAACACCCUGCAGAUUCUGGCAGCUCUGAGGAAAAGCAGACCUUCCCAAGCAAAUCCUAUCAGAGCCACGACCAGACAGAUGAUGUGGAUGCUGACGACAGUGACCACUCGAAGAGCCAGGACUCCGUGGAAUCCGAUGACUCAGAUGACGAUGAUCAUGCAGAUGAGCCGGACCAUUCUGACGAGUCUCACCAUUCUGACGAAUCUGACGAAGUCACCACUGAUGUCCCAGCAACCGUGCUGUUCACCUCAGCUCUGCCCACAGACUUCUAUUCUGAUGAUGGCCGCGGUGAUAGUCUGGGUUAUGCAGUGAGGUCAAAACUGAGGAGGAUCCAUGAAAUCAAGUUCCCGGAUGACUUCGCCUCGGAUGAGAAUGUCAAGGCCAUCUUUCCCAGCCAGGUCCUGAAGAAGGUUUCUUCUUCGGAGAGCCAGCAGCGAGACAGUCGUGAGACCAGGCAGCCAGAUGAUCACAGUGUGGAAACCCAGAGCCAUGAGCGGUCGAAAGAAUCAGCGCUGGAGACAGAGGUUGAGAGCAGCGAGCGUUCCGAUAGGCUCAACAGUCAGGAAAGUUCCAAAGUCAGCCAAGAAGCACAAAGCCAAGAAUUUCAUAGCCAUGAAGACUAGUACCACCCAGACCACAAGAGUACGGAAAACGCAGAAGGCCUGAAUUUUGCACUCCCAUGAGUUAGAGAGUGUGUCUUAUGAGGUUGUUUAGCAUGCUCUCUUAUUUUUGCUCUUAGUAAAUUGAAAAGAGAAAAGGAAAGGGUAUGGGAGAGAAUCAUGAUUUCUCAGCUUAGUGGAUGAAUGUACAUGUAUCUGGGUCUGGAAAUACAUAGAUGUUUGUUGUUGUUUCGUUUCGAUUGUAGCUUUGUGGCUAACACCCUUGUAAACUAAAUGGCUGCAAGGUUUGGCCUGUGUUCUUUCUCUAUAGGAAACUUUCACUGCAUCCUAAUGUUGGUUAUUCUUUUAUGAAUAGAAAUUUAUGUAGAAGCAAAGCUCACACUUUGACAUAAAUGUGAUUAUAUUUUAUCAUUAUAAUGUUUUUUUAAUUCGUGUAUAUUUUGUUGUGAUUAUUUUUUGUUUUGUGAUUAAACCUAUCUCAGACAGAAUGAGAA